UCCCAAUGGGAAAAAGAUUUCAGCGCUUUCCUUUUGUAACUUCCUCUUCUCGCCAACUUCUCCGUCCUUUGCUCUCUUCCCGUCGAUCGCCGCCGUUCUAUAUCUCCGGUUAUCUUCUGUGCUCAUAGUUGAAAAAGGAUCAUGAACAAGAUCGCUGUCCCAUGCCCUGAGGAAAGAUUAAAGAAAGAAGUUCCUCAAUUAGCUUCAGUGUUACGAGAAAUGAAGACAGGCCUAGAUGUGGUCAGGAGCAAAGUGGAAGAUCUAACCACAAAGGUAAAAGCAAACAGUUAUCUGACAGCUGAUGCUAGCUAUCUUGAGGCCAAGCAUUUGUUACUUCUAAGUUAUUGCCAGUGUCUUGUUUAUUAUUUGCUGAGGAAGGCGAAAGGCUUUUCUAUUGAGGGCCAUCCUGUUAUACAGAGCCUUGUAGAGAUUCGGUUGUUUCUUGAAAAGAUUCGUCCAAUAGACAAGAAACUUCAAUACCAGAUUCAGAAGCUCACGAGAGCUGCUGGUUCUAUCUCAGAUGCAACACAAAAGUCUGAGGAUCUCUCGAAGUAUCGGCCAAACCCUGACAUGCUUAUCAACAAAGCUGAGAUGGCACCAGAGGACGGUGUGUAUCAACCUCCGAAAUUUGCUCCAAUGUCUAUGGAAGAUGAUAGGACGACAAAACAGGAAAGGAAUGCAGCUAGAAAGGAGAAACACCUUAUAAGACAAGCGACAGAAGGUACAUACAUGAAAGAAGUGAUUGAUGAGCUCGAGGAUAGACCUGAAGAGAUAAGAGACGUUGUCGGGGCUGAGAGCAAGGAACUGAAGAAGUUCAGAGCGCAGUGGGAAAGACGAGAAAAGAUGGAAGAGGAGCUCUUUGCUCGUGCUCCACGUACAAGGGAAGAGAAGAAGAGAGAAAAGCACUUGAAGAAAUCUCGCAAUGGGUUACUGGGUCUGACUGAGAAUUUCUACGACGACAUCAAGUUCUUACCAAUGGGGGAUAAAGAAGGAGGACAACCAACAUGCAUUGGUGAUAGCAGUGGUAAAAUGGGAAGAAAGCUCAAGAAAAGAAAGGUAGCAGAAACAGAUGUUCUUUCCCAAAGUCACUGCUUCCGUCAAUUCUCUUUGGAGUUUGACGAUGCGUUGAAGAUGUGGACAACACAAACUCGGAUAUGCUCUGCAUUUCGCCAGCUUUGUAAAUAUUCGUCAGAUACAUGCGUCGUGACAAAACUUUGA